AUGAGGGACUUUCAACUAGCUCUGGAGUAUUGUGAUCUCUCUGAUUUGGGGUAUAGAGGUCCUAAAUUUACAUGGAUUAAUUGCAGAGAGGACCAAGCCUUUAUAAAAGAGUGCCUGGACAGAGGGUUUGCCAAUCCGAGCUGGAGAGAAUUUUUUCCAGAAACUGAAAUUUACGUGGAGGCUGUUACCACCUCGGACCAUGCAGUACUUAUUGCUUCUCUGUAUGGGCAAAGGGUUGGAUUUUCGAAAGGAAAAAGAUUUAGAUUUGAAGCUAGUUGGGCCGUUGGGAAGGACUACCAGGAGGUGUGUGAACAUGCAUGGAAUCGCACCCUUGUCCAAGCUUUAUGUACUGUUAGUUAUUCAAGAUCGAGGAGAAUAAUCUAUUGUAUCAACUAUAAAAAUUACAACAGAGAGAUUUCGUUGGAGUACUGCAAAAGAACCAGAGAAUUAUCUAAGGAGUUGCUGAAAGGAAUAUCAAUGAGCUUGGGAUUGGGAGACACCUACAUAGAAAACGCCUUGAAUUUGGAAUCGGGUUUGCAAAUCCUCAUUGCAAACUUGUAUCCGCCUUGUCCGGAGCCGGAGCUAGCAAUGGGGUUGCCGCCGCAUUCCGAUCACGGCCUGUUGACCCUCCUCAUACAAAAUGGGAUCUCUGGGCUUCAGGUGCAGCAUCAAAGCAAGUGGGUCAAUGUCAAUUACAUUCCAAAUGCAUUCAUCGUUAACGUCGGCGAUCACAUGGAGAUUAUGAGCAACGGGAAGUACAAGAGUGUUGUACAUCGGGUAUUUGUGAAUGAGAAAGCUACAAGAAUAUCGAUAGUCACACCUUUUGGGCCAUCGCUAGAAACGGUUGUCAGCCCGGCACCGGAGCUGGUCCACCGUGAAACCAAUGCACCUGCAUACACUGGAAUGAAGUAUAAGGACUACCUGCAUCUGCAGCAAAGCAGCCAGCUUGAUGGCAAAGCCUGCUUGGAUCAUGUUCGAAUCUUGCCUGCCUAAACUAGUUCCCUCUACCUUAUCCAUGUAACCAAACAAACUUCCUUUUCAUUUCCCUGUUUAAGGACUAUGAUUUUUUUUUUUCUUUUUUCUUUUUUUUUCUUUAGGGAUAUGUAAAUUAAUUUCUUGAAAUCUCAUUGUUCAUAUUUAUAUUUUAUAUUAUCAAUAUUUGUAAUUUCUAAGA